AUGGCCGGUCCCGUCAGACAGCCCAUUGACCUGGGUGCCCUAGAAAACUAUAUUGGGCAACACAACCUGGAAAUAACGCCACCGCUGGAUCUGAAGCAGUUUGGAUUUGGCCAGUCCAAUCCAACGUACCUACUCACAGAUGCGAAAUCCCGACGAUAUGUACUUCGAAAGAAGCCACCAGGCGAGAUCAUUUCCAAAACGGCCCACCAGGUAGAGCGCGAAUAUCGGAUCCUGCACGCCCUUGAGAAGACCGAGGUUCCAGUGCCCAAAGCCUAUCUUUUAUGCGAAGAUCCGACGGUAAUCGGCACUGCGUUCUACAUUAUGGAGUUCUUGGACGGCCGAUUUAUCACAGAUCCGUACAUGCCCGGAGUGACCGCUGAACAACGCCAGGAGAUGUGGCGGGAUGCAGUGAGAACUCUGGUCAAGCUGCAUACCCUCGACUAUAAUGCGGUCGGCUUAGGGGGAUUGGGUAAGCAUAAUAACUUCUAUGAUCGCCAGAUUCGAACUUUUACAGCAAUAGCCAAGAGCCAGUCAAGGGCAGUGAAUGUCGAAACGAAUAUACCCAUUGGCGACCUUCCACACCUGGGGGAAAUUGCGAGUUUUUUCAAGACGAAUCAGCCUAAAGAUCGCUCCACCAUCGUCCACGGGGACUUCAAGAUCGAUAACAUCGUCUUUCACAAAACAGAGCCAAAGGUAAUCGGGGUGUUAGACUGGGAGAUGGCAACCAUCGGGCACCCUUUAUCGGAUAUUGUUAACCUUCUGUCCCCGAUUUUCCAAGAAUCUGGACCGGGUGCGCCAGUACUCCGUGACCAAACUAGGAAUUCUAUACCAGGUCUUCCUAAUCUCCAUCAGUGUCUGAGGUGGUAUCAUGAAUCAGGAUACAAGGCAAAGCCGGACCUCAACUGGGGUAUUGCAUUCGCUCAUUUCCGAGGUUGUGUCAUCGCACAAGGAAUAACAGCACGAUACGUGACAGGCCAAUCCAAGAGCCCCGGGGCGAAAGAAUGGGCAGACAGCCUUGAAUCAAGAGCGCAGAUAAUGUGGGAAACGGUCAGUAAGCUGCGCGAGAGUUACAUCCGAGAGCAAAAGCUGUAAAUACCACUGCUCAAGCGUUCUAUACUCCUAAUAAAGCGAGAGUGGUUUGUUUUAUAUACAAGCAUGCUUCCGCGUAGCUAGCGGCCCAAUAGUUCAAGGAUUUACUCGAAUCCCCAAUAGACACAUCCAACACAGCAGCCAUAAACGGAGACGAAUUCGAACCGACCUUCGUAUCCUAACACGCUGGAUGAACCGUAGUUUUGUCACCAAGUCAUUCAUACUUCUAUUAGAAAAUUAACAGACUUGGCCCAAUUCAAGUGAAGCCGAGCGGGACCGAGGUAGGGCUGCGGGGUUGAACCACACCGUGCGGAGCGGAAUCUGGGGU